AUGUCAACACCACAACGCCCUCAUAUUCCGUUUUCUUCCGGCCUUUACCAUGUCGCUGAAGGCUUUGCGCCCCCAGACUUUCGCGUCGCUGCCGCAAACACCGUUGCGCAUCUGCACAAGACCUCGUUCCAGGGUCACAUUCUGGUUUACGCUCCCGGCGCCGGGGAGAUUGAUACAAUCUGCACAAUGGUCAGGAAGGCGACGAAAGGAAAACUCGACGUAUUCCCCUUGUACUCUGCCAUGCCGUCGGAGAGCCAGGAGGAAGCGCUGCGUGUCACUAAAGAGCCCAAGUGCAUUAUCGCCACCAGCCUCGCCAUGGCCACGCCCGUGCGGAAUUUCAUCUGCUAUGUGGUGGAUACCGGCCUCUGCAAAUAA